AUGGAGGAGCAUGGGUUGAGUUUCUUCUUCUAUCGAUUUGUAACAGCAAUUUCGAUGCUAGAACAACCCCCACCUCAGUUAGAAGUCCCCCAUUUGUUAGGUCAGAUGCUACUGCGUCCACCCGUCCGAGAUGCAGCCAUCUCUGUUGGAUUGGCCGCUAAAUCCAAUGUCAUGCGAGACCGAUCUAUGCGUCUCGUGGCAAAGGAGAAGUAUGCGACGGCCAUAAGCAGCGUCCGUGUGGCGGUGGAGAACCCCCAGCAAGCCAAUCUGGACCAAACAUUCAAGCUAAUUUUUAUGCUUAGUCUGUAUGAGAUGGUCAGUUGCUCCGGGAAAAAAUUUGACUCUUGGACAGUGCAUCUCGCUGGUGCUACAGCCCUCAUGAAACAGCGCGCAUUCGAGCAGACCUUGAACGUCUUCGGGCCUCGGCCGCAACUACAAUACUACUAUGUCUCCAUUGUGAAAUACUUUAUCGUCGAGGAGAAUGCCGCUCCUGAUUUACUCGAAUGGAACCCUGAUACUUCGACAUUUGGGCCUGAGGUGCAGCCUGCUAUCCGUCUGAUCGACAUCAUGAUCCGGUUUAUGAGAAUGCACUAUUCUAUGCGAUCAAGCCCGAACAUUGACCCAAGAACGGCAAUACGUUUAACUCUGUCUUUCGAGUCAGAAUUGGAUCAGUGGGAAAAAACUCUUCCUGAGAAGUGGUCCUUUGUGAUACAUGAGUCUAGUGAUACUCAAACGACUUUCAACGGAAAGUAUAUGAUUUGUGAUGAUGCGUGGGCGCCCAGAGCUCUUAUUCAUUACUUCUGGGCAAGGUUGAUGGUCAACGAGGUGAUCCUCUUGCACAUAUCAAGGCUCGCAGUGACAACUUUCGAAGACCUUGCGCAGCGACAGCUGGCAUUGGAUAUCAUAAAUCGGAUGGGGACCUGUAUCUGCGCUAGCGUCGCAAGCCAAUUGAGUGCAUAUGGCCGCGGUAAACCAAGUGGAGACACCAAAGAUAUGCCUCCACUUAAUGGUGUGUUUAUGUUAAUGUUCCCGUUGGCCAUUGCGGGAGGCGCAGGGGGUUCUCUGGAUGAAGUACACGAGUGGGUGGUUCAGAGGCUGCAAAAGAUUGGAAGUACAAUGGGCAUUCGGCGCGCCCACGAGAUGAUACCGCGAUUGAAGCUGUCUCGACAAAAAAUGCAGCAGCAGAUAAUGAUCCAAUGA